CACCAUGAAAUUAGUGCAUCGAAGCUCAAAAUGUUUAGGCAAACAUGGAAUUACACGCAUUUUCCAACGAUUUUACGCGUCACAAACAAAGAAAACGUCAACGGAUUACUGUAUAGAUAUCGUCAGGAGAUCCGACUAUGAGGGAUUUCUCUGUACUCUUCUGUUACCAGAGCAUGGCAGAACAUCUGCCAUGGCAAUCCGAGCCUUCAAUGUGGAGAUUGCACAGGUACAAGACACAGUAACAAACAAACAAAUUGGUCUGAUGAGGUUGCAAUUCUGGAAAGAUUCAUUAGACCAGUUAUACAAGGAAGCAGCACCCAAGCAACCUGUUGCAAUGGAACUAGGGAGGGCAAUUCACUCAAAAAAUUUGUCCAGGCGCUGGCUCACAAAACUCAUAGAAGCUCGGGAGAGGAGUCUGGAGGAAAAGGCACCGAUGACAGUCAAAGCUGUGGAGGAAUAUGCAGACUGUACAUCGUCUGCCGUUAUGUUCCUGGUGCUGGAAAGUGUCGGAAUCAGGGAUGUGCAUGCAGAUCAUGCUGCCAGUCAUCUCGGCAAAGCUCUGGGAUUUACUACUCUGCUACGGGCGACACCUUACCAUGCAUCCUUACGUAAACUAAAUCUACCGGUUGAGGUGUUAGCAAAGCAUAAAGUAUCAGAAGAGCAGGUGUAUAGAGGGAGCCAGGAGCAGGAAAUGAAAGAUGCAGUAUUUGAGCUCGCCAGCCUAGCACACCAGCACCUAGAUAAAGCUCGCUCAUUAAGUUCGAGUCUGCCACGACCGGCGCUGUCCGUGUUUCUGCCAGCCCUCGUCUGUGAUAACUACCUGACUGGCCUACAGAGGGCGCACUUCAACGUGUUUGAUGCAAAGCUGCAGCAGAAAGCCCACCUACUUCCAGCAAAGCUCUGGUGGAAAAAACUCAGAGGGACUUACUAGUCGCGUUUGUGAAUGCCAUAGAAUUUAGACUGUAUUAUAUGUAUCGUACAAGAGAAAUUACUGCAUGCAGGAGCUGUCAACGAGUCAGAACAUAGUAGUAGCUGUGAUAACAUUGUUUCCAUUGUUUGAAGUGCCAUAGUAGUAAUAUAAUUAUGUAUGCAUUUAUA